AUGUUCUACGCGUUCUCAGACUAUGAAAAUUUAUACUUGGUCACAGAUUUAGUCACUAGUGGGGAUCUCCGUUAUCAUCUGAGCAAAAGAAAGAAGUUCACAGAGCCAGAGACAAAGUUCUUUAUCGCUUGCAUUUUAAUUGGCCUUGAAUACAUGCAUAAUAAUGGUGUUAUUCACAGAGACAUCAAGCCUGAAAACUUAUUGUUGGAUGAGCGUGGAUACGUUCACAUUACUGAUAUGGGCAUUUCGAGAAUGUGGUCCCCAGAUAAUGCUCACGAUACAUCUGGCACUCCAGGUUAUAUGGCUCCUGAAGUAAUGUGCCGUCAAAAUCAUGGAGUUGCAGUUGAUUAUUUUGCUUUGGGCAUUGUUUGUUAUGAAUUUAUGUUUGGUAAGAGACCAUAUCUUGGGAAAAGUCGAAAAGAGAUUAGAGAUUAAAUAUUCCAGCAAUAGAUCUAAUUGAAAAAGUCAGACAUCCCAGAAGGAUGGAGCAUGGAGGCUGCAGAUUUUAUCAAUAAAUGCCUCUAAAGAAAGCCAGCAAACAGACUAGGACUUAAUGGACCUCAUGAAGUAAAAUAGCAUGUAUGGCUAAGAGAUGUUGAAUGGCAAAAUAUCAUAGAAAUGAAAUACUCACCUACCUUUUUACCUAAUCCAAGGCCACCACUUAAUAAAGACUAGAUUGAUAAAGACUUAACUCCAGAGCAAGCUGAAGAAUCUCAAAUGCUUCUAAGAAGAAACUCAAUUCAAAACUUAUUCAAUGGAUACGAUUUCGACAUUGAACAACUAAGGCAUCAAAUCUUAUAAGACAAAAGAAAGCAAGAAAUAGAGGACGAAAACCAAAAGAAACGACUUCUAUCUAACUAGGUGAAUACUACUCAAGGUGGCAAUGAGUGA